GGGAGAGAGGGAGAGAAAACGCGUGUGUCUUCCACCGAGGGCAAGAGAAAAGAGUCAAUCUAGCCUUACAUGUUUACCGAGUUGAAGGUGCAGAGCUGCCAUCAUGUCAGUUUUGCCAAAUGAACCUUUCUGUGAAUUAUUUAUUGCUUCGUUUGUCUGCUUUGAGUAAUAAUAUGCAGAAAUUCUACUUUAACGUGUUAAUCCUCAUUCUUUUCAAUAUUCUUACUUAAUUAAAGAGGUUUUAGAAAGUAAAAUAGCUUUUAAUGAGGUUCAAGAGAAAGUGCCAGCUCCAGUUUUAUCACACUGUAUAGAGACUAUUGAGUAACACAGCACUGCCCCUCGUCACCAUCGCCUGUUGCUGCACACUGUCACUCAGCUGGUUAAAGAAGGCCUUUUGUGACCUUUCUUUCACAAUAACACAGACAAUCUUGGUCUAGGAACAAAAGGAGCGCCAGCCAUCAUUCUCAGGGAAGCAACACUACAACCACAGGUGGAGAUCUAUUAGCAGUGUGUCUUUUAAGCAGCUGAUAGCUGGCUGAGGACCUGAGCAGACAGCAUGACUGAUUAAUCAGCUAAUAUAAGCUCGUUAGACCCGGUGCUCCUCUACAAAGACGAGAGCUGCAACAGUUUUAACACCUAUAACUACAUUUAUUUGGAGUUUAUUCUAUAUUUUUGAUCAAGUCUAUUUGUCAAAAUAAAACUAAUUAGUAAAUGUUAUAAAAGUAUAAUUGUGAUAUGUUACAAUAUUUUUUCAGCAGGAAUAAUUGUUGCCUUUCUGCUUAUAAAUCAAAGCAUUCUGAUGUUAUACAUUUUUGUAUGAGUACAGUUAAACCAUGAAAACAUGUUAUUUCUCUUACUUAAGGUCAUCAUAUCAUUUCACACCUGCAUACGCCUACUUCAAACUAUGAUGCUAAAUGGCAGUCUACUUGGAGUUCUUGAACCUUCAGUUCAGACUCAAUGAGCGCACAGCCCACAGCAGCCUGGACCUCUUCAAGAAAGACACUGGGAUCAUCUACCGAAUGCUGGGCCUGGACCCAUCCCAAGUCCAAGACGACCCCGAGCGCUUCCGAGAGUGGGCUGUUGUGUUGGCCGAUAAAAAGAUAAGCAGCGGACGACACUACUGGGAGGUCACGGUCAAAAAGUCCCAGGAGUUUCGUCUGGGGGUCGCAGAGGCACUAAUGUCCAGAGAUGAGUGUGUGGGUACCAACGGCUCCUCCUGGGUGUUCGGCUAUGCUCAAAGGAAGUGGUUCGCCAUGACCAACAGUACGGUAGUUCCUGUGACACUAGUGGGAAAGCCGGACCGAGUGGGGAUCUUGCUCGACUAUGAAGCGGGUAUCCUGGGGCUGGUGGACACUGAAAAACCCAGAAUUAUUCACACACUCAGAGCUCAGUUCAUAGCUCCCGUUUGCCCUGCGUUUGGACUUUGGGACGGGGAGCUCCUCACACAUUCUGGUCUGGAAGAGCCAGAAGGCCUGUAGUGAAGAUGGAUUAAUAGACAACUGUCAUGGCUAAUCAGGCAACAUUUAUCAGUCCUAAACAACUGUUCAGGACAAACAGCAAUAAGACUUCACUACAGAUAGUGAUUAAUUACUGUACAUCGUCACAUCAAAUAAUGCAAACUCAUCUUGUGUGUAUGUCAUAAAGGAUCGAUCGUUUUUUGUGUGUAAUUGAAUAUUCCAUCAGAGACUAAAUGAGGAAACAAGUACGUGUGGUUGGAUUUGAUAAAUAUUUGCUGCCAAUUGUUUCUUAUACACUGCAUGCCGUGGCAUUCUCCUCAAAUAUAAACCUUAAAACACCACAGAACCUCUUUUUGUUCAAUUUUAUACCAACAAUUUUAUGUAUUGUCUAAUAAAAUUACUUCACUGAAA